AUGGGGGCGAACUGCCAGUGUGGGGCUUCCAGUGGGAACACAGAGGAGCCCGUGAAGCUUACUCCUCGGAGCGCUGACCCUGUCAGCAUCUACCCUGCCAAGGUCCCGGAGCCCUUCCAGAUUCUGCAGGGGUCAUGGAGCACACAAGGAGACCUACAAAGAAUGGGUGCCAUUGUCGGUACAGCCGUCGUUUGGGACAAGGUCUUCAACCUCGACCAGUCAUCACUGAGGGUUAAUGCAGCCGGAGAGUUCGAGAUGAAUCUGAGCGGGACCACGCACAAGGCUCGGUUUGAUGCAAAGACCGACCGGCUGCUUUGGAGCGAUGGCGAAGUUUGGGUCAGAAGGUGA